ACAGAACAGUUGUGACGAGCGUUAUGAACUCCGAGGGAGUGUUUAAUAGGCCUAAAUAUAUGCAAUAUUAUUGAGUGAAUACUGUUCCUGCUUCUUCUGAUUGUAUUGUCAUUGCAAGAACAUACCGAUGUCGAGAAAACCGGGCUCACGGGAUCGGCUAGGUCGGAGAGGAGGAGCGAGAGGCACACGCGGAACCACCGGAAUAUUCAGUACCAGAGAUCCACCAACGGAAGAAGAGGUCAAGUUUUUAGAAGCAGCAGAGUAUGGAAACAUCCCUACCGUAAGAAAAAUGCUUGAAGAAUCUACUACCUUCAGUGUAAAUUGCGUGGACUUCAUGGGACAGAAUGCUUUGCAACUUGCUGUGGGAAACGAACAUUUAGAGGUCGUUGAACUCCUGCUCAAGCAGCCUGUCAUGGCUCGUAUCGGUGAUGGUCUGUUGUUAGCCAUAAGUAAAGGAUAUGUUAGAAUUGCUGAAAUUAUACUGAAUCAUCCAUCCUUCCAAGUCCACGAUAGAUUGACAAGAAGUCCGUGUGAACAAAGACUUAUGAACCAAGCUUUUGGAAAACGUUCUGUACCGUUGUAUGCUGCCAGUCAGGCCGAACAUAAAAGGCUAUGUAAGGACACUGACUUUUAUGCAUACGACGAAGAUGGGACAAGGUUUUCCCCUGAUAUCACCCCAAUCAUAUUGGCAUCUCAAUGUCAGGAGUAUGAAAUUGUUCACGAAUUACUUAUGAGGGGUGCACGAAUUGAAAGACCUCAUAAUUAUAGGUGCACGUGUGAAGAGUGUUCUUUCAGGAAAAAGUUGGACUCUUUCAGUUACAGUCUUUCGCGAAUCAAUGCUUAUAAAGGUCUGGCCAGUCCAGCGUAUUUAUCUCUUUCUUCCUCCGAUCCCGUUUUAACAGCAUUGGAGUUGAGCCAUGAGCUACAACAACUCGCUGAAAUAGAGAAAGAAUUCAAGAAAGAUUACCACGACUUGGCUGCCCAAUGCGACGAUUUUGCUGAACGAUUGCUGGAUCUUUGUCAUGACACAGAGGAAGUUGAAGUUAUUUUAAAUGGAAAAGAUAGUUCGACUGACAAAGUAUGUGACACUUCGGGACAAUCAGAUGAAAUGUCGAGCAAUUUCCAGCCGUAUGAACCGAGUUUAGCAUCUGUUAGUGAGCGUGCUGACAGCGUUGCGACUUCAUACGACAGUAAUGCCAAUCACAACAACAGUAACACAUCGGCACCAAACUAUCAUACCAACAGCACGGCUCGAUCACCUGCUAUGCCUCAGCUGAAAAGGUUAAAGACGGCCAUCCGAUACAGCGUUAAAGGGUUUGUCGCUCAUCCCAAUUGUCAGCAACAACUUCUACGAUUAUGGCAAAGAAACUUGUCUUGGUUGUGGCAAAGUCCCUCUUAUUUUAAAAUUUUAUUCGCUGGAGGAGUUACCUUGUUUAUGCCUGUACUUGCCUGUAUUUAUAUAUUUGCACCAUGCACUAAGGCCGCCACCUUAAUUAAAAGUCCGUUUUGUAAAUUUAUAUCACAUGCGAUGUCGUAUUUUCAAUUCCUUUGCCUUCUCGUAGUCAACUCUUCUGACAGAUUCGAAGGAGGAUUAAUACCAUCUUGGUUUCUUGUUCAUCAAACUAAGCCAUUUGGGAGGUUCACAACAUUCACCUGGUGUGAAGUUUUAAUCAUGCUUUAUAUUUUAGGUUUUCUCUGGAACGAAUGCCAUGAAGUAUUCGACGAAGGACCUCGAGAAUAUAUGUUCAAGUUAUGGAACAUCAUUGACUUUUUUAUGCUUUCAAUUUUUCUUGCGUCCUACGCUUUGAGAGCAAUUUCUUAUUAUCGGGUCAGCACCGCGCAAGACUGGUGGGAUGAUGAAUACGGCGAAAACGCAACCCUUAUAACGUAUGAAAAUAAAUCCUUGUACAUGGGAAACAAACUUCUCAAUCGCUCGAUUCCAGACGUGAUAGGUUACUACGCGUAUGGAAAUGCAGAGAGGAAGCACUGGAUAGGUUCUGAUCCCCAGCUAUUGUCGGAAGCUUUAUUUUCAUUUGGAAUCGUUUUGAGUUUUUCUCGAAUCGCCUAUUUGCUCCCUGCUAACGAGAUGUUUGGUCCGUUACAAAUAUCACUGGGAAGGACUGUUGCAGAUAUUAUGAAGUGGAUUGUUAUAUUUUUUAUGAUAUUCGGAGCUUUUUUGCUCGGACUUUUUAAUCUAUAUUCUUAUUACGCCAUGGAAGGUGCCAAAUCAAGCAAAUCAUUCACGACACUCGAGGAGACAUUUAUAACUUUAUUUUGGUCGAUGUUCGGUCUUGCUGACUACAAGGGAGUGGAAGUCAAUUAUCCUCAUCCAUUCACAAGACUCGUGGGAUAUCAACUCUAUGGAGUAUAUAAUAUAAUAUCAGUUAUUAUAAUGUUGAAUAUGCUAAUCGCAAUGAUCAACAGUUCAUAUUCAGAUGUCGAGAAAGACGCUGACGUGGAAUGGAAAUUCGCCCGAGCUAAGUUGUGGCUUUCAUACUUUGACGAUGGAAAGACAUUGCCUGUACCAUACAAUAUAAUACCAAGUCCCAAAUCCGUUGGUGUGCUGAUUGUAAGAAUAAAUCGUCUUUUCAAAAAACUAUAUUCAUGUAAAUUGAUGGGCAAGAAUAGGAGGGCUGAAAGUAACAACGGUCAUACAUCAUCUUCUUUCAGUAGAGCAGGAAAAAAGAGAUCACUUGGUACAAUACGUGAAUCAGUCUCCAUGUCUUCAUUUGGUGUGAGUGCAAAGAUCAACAAAAAGCAGAAUGGCCUAAGAAGAUCGGAAUCAGAGACGUCGAAAACAUUUCGAGGAUUAAGUUUUAAACAAAAAACUGAACAACUGACUAGAUAUCAGGUCAUAAUGCGAAGAAUUGUUAAACGAUUUGUCAUCAGAGCUCAAGUUGAAAAGGAUCGAGAUGAGGUGAAUGAAGGUGAACUACAAGAGAUCAAGCAUGACAUUAGUAGUUUGAGAUUCGAAUUGCUGGAGAACACCGCUACAUAUGCCGAACAAAUAAAUCAGAUUAGAAUAUUAUUAGAAAGCAGUCCAAUAAUUCGCCAUCCUCAGCAGCAUCACGUCACUCAGAAGCAAGAACAACAACAGUCCUCCGCUAACUCAACCUCAUCUGUUACAACGAAACUUAUUGAACAAGUUAUAAAACCUUCAUGCUCCGUAACUUCGCCAAACACUGAACAAACAAAUUUGCAGUGGCGGAGGCCCAUGUCUGCAUCAGGAUAUUUUUCAACACCUCUAGCGACUACGUCUACAGGUCUUUCCUACAAACGCUGUACAGGGAAAAGUGAGACCGAAAUUCCAGCCACAAAGUCCUCUAUCGGGUAUACUGAGAGCUGGCAUACCCCUUCAACGACUUUUGACGCGCAACCAACGUCACAAGACUCCGAAGUCAACAAGAGGCGACGGAGAUCUGCUUACGUUAGAGCAGCAACACGCCCAGCUCCACACUCUACAGUGCAGCAGUCUACUUCCAAUCCGGGGCUAUGAUCUAGCAACAAAUUGCCUGGCGACUUAUUCGUCAUAUGACUAUAGAGAAAACCUGUGAUACAAAACCGUUUCCUUGCUUUAAAUGAAUACAUUUUUGUUUAGCCUUGGACGAUGUAUCUUACAUGCUAACUUUGAAAAUGAUGAAAUUAAAUUGUACGUAUGUAUUCUUUAAAACAGUUUUCCAUUUUCUUCUGCAUAUAUGAUGCAAUUUAGGUAUCAUGGCUUUGAGAUCUAUUUUAAUAUUAGAUAUUCACAUGAAAGACAAAAAUAAUCGGAGUUUAAUUUGUAUUAGAUUCCAUUAUAGUAUUACAGAAUAUCUUCAUUGUACUUUCUUGUUUCCAACUUUUACUCUUCUCUUCGUUUUACUCUCGUCAUGUUCGAUUGCAUACAUCUCUUUCUAUAUAUAAAGCGUAGGUUAUGGCGGGUUUGGUGUACCACAUCAACCUAUGAAGUUUCGUAGAGUUUAAAAUACAGUUAUUUUUCCGAA